GAUCCUCUGCCACUAGAUACGGAAGCGCACUAGACGAAAGCUUUUGUUGCGUCUCAAAACAUUUGAACCAUUUGGACCCUUUAAUAGUUGAGCAUGGGGAUUCGGUGACCUUGAGGGCUUCAAAUUUUUCCAAUUUCACCAUAGAUAUCUCUAUUAAGAUGAUUUGCGCAUAAUGAAUUAAUAGAAUUUGGUCUUAGUCCAUCUUAGGUUGCUUCAAUUUCGCGUCAGCUCUUAAUCUGUCUGCAAUGGACAGGGAUACGAUGCUUGAGAAUUUUCUGGCGUGUACUGGAUUAACAGAUAUCACGUAUGCAAUAUCAAUACUGGAAGACCAUAACUGGGACUUAACGGCCGCUGUUUCCAGCAUUAUUAGUGACGUGUUGCCAGCAGGAUCAUCAGUUGUCCAAGAAAACCAAUCUGUUCCAUAUUCCACAAUUUUUCCUAUGACUCCGCUUGGUGGACCCAUUCUAUCAUCUGAAUCCUCAAUGAAUCAUAACUUAGGGACUCAGACCGUUUCCGUAUCAACUAUGUGUGAUAUCGAUACUGAUAUUUCAGGGUGCGAUAUAUCUCCAGCGAUUUCUCGAUCCGUUAUUGAACUGGACAGUGAUCAAGCUACUAUUAAUUCCAAUAGAGCAGUUCGUAUCUUGAAUUUUGAAAUAGAUUUGGAAUUACCUAUAGAUGAUGAUACAGAUCAUGAGCAAAAAGUUGUAAAAGAAAGUUUUCCUUUUCCUGAUACGGAGACAGUUGGAUUUUUGAAACAACAUUUUAUUGACUGUCGGUUGACUGAGCUCAUACAGUUAGCGACUAGUCCAGAAUUAGAAUCGAAAAUAACAGAGUGUAGCAAAGCCAACCUUUUAAAGCAUCUUGUUUUGGAGAGUUCUGGAUCUCAUUCUUUUUCUGACAACUCAACGCUCCUUCGUGCAUUACAUCUACCGAAAUGUAUUAAACUUCGAGCUAAACUCAAUCCGGAUCCAUUACCUUACUCUAAUUAUUCAAAUCAACAAAAUGGACAAGUUGUAUUACAUAUUAGUGUAUAUAAAACAAGUGAUAAUGAAAUACUGGCGCAAACAACAACUACUACUGAUAAUAGUAGUAGUUGUUGUGACGAUGAUGAUAAUUAUAAAACUAAAGAUAUGAAUCUAUCUGAAAGUAAUCAACUAAAUACUGAUAGAUCAUAUUCACCUUAUGCUUAUCAUUAUUUACGUUUACCAUGUGAUUCAUAUAUAUCAAAAAUACAUAAUGAUUUACAUCGUAUUACUGGUAUACCAAUAACAAAUCAAUUAUGGUCUAUUAAAUCAAAACAUAAUCGUAAUGAUAAUAAUAAGAAGAGUAAUCUAUUAUUUAGUGAACAAAUACCAUCGAAUGAAGUGUUGAAUUCAUUAGUCAAUGAAUUGAAUCGGCAUAAUCCUCAACAGUUAAAUAAACAAUCCAUUUUGUCAAAAUAUUCAAAUGUUUCUUCUACUAUCAACACUGAUGAUGAUAAUGUUGCUGAACAAAAAUCUAGUCAUGACAAUGUAACAUUAGCUGAUUGUGGUUUGAAAUCCGGUGAUGUUUGUGAUUUAUGCUUGACUGCUUCAAAUCCAUUAAAUCAUCAUAAAAAUCCAAGUAAAGCUCAAUUAUCUCACAAUGCUGUUGAUACCCAUUCCGAAUCAUUACAACAACGAGCAAAGAAAUCAUCUUCACAUUCUCUUGUUGAUAAUAUUCCUAGUGGUUCUUCCACCACCACCACCACUGCUGCUACUGACGUCCUCAUCACUGAAACUUCUUCCACUAGGAAUAAGUCUAACCGUAAAAUAUCAAGUUCGAAAAAACCCAAUUAUCGUAACGUAUCUCCAGAAAUUGGAUUCGAUGAUGACUAUGAUAACUGUAAUGACGACAAUGAGGAGGAGGAGGAGGAUGAAGAUUAUGACAUGGAUUACCAUUAUUCUAGUGAUGAGAUACUUGAUGAAACUGAUGAUAAAAAAAUCACUCCAUGGAAUCAACCAUUAAUUCCUGAUGAUCCAAGUUUCGAAGAUCCAGAAUUGGCUACACAACAAUUUUGUAUAGUAUUUUUACAACGUUAUUGUAGGGAUGGUGUGACUAUGUCGCCACCAUUUUCUACAUGUAGCCUCGAAACUGCUCUAUCUUUGUCAGUUGGUACUGGUCAAGUGUGUGAUCGUAAACCAUUAUUUAUAUAUUUACACAAUGAUGCGAGUGUAGCAUGUCAUGUCUUUUGUCAACAAGUAUUACGCUCAUCUGGUUUACUUAGAUUUCUAACUGAUCAUGAUUUUAGUUUAUGGCCAUGGGAUAUAACACAUACACGAACUAGAGAACGUUUAAUCGGUUGGCUUGAAGUGAAACUACCAAAUUUAUCAAGAAUAAUUACAUCAUUAACUGUAGAUAGUUAUCCUAUUCUAGCAAUGAUUGUCAAAUUAUCGAGUCAAUUAGAAGUGUUAUGUAUUGUAAUGGGUACUGGGGUUGUUAAAAUGUGGCCACCAAUUGAACAUUUUCCACCUUUGCUAAAUGUACGUCGUAGUAGUAGUAGCAGUCAUUUUACAUCAUCAUCAACAACAACUGUACAAUCAGUGAAAAAUGAUGCUAAUUCCUCGUCAGUGGGCACCAGUUGUGGUAGUUUAAAACCAGAUGUAAUUGUUGCAGAAUUAUGGCAAGCUUAUACAACAUAUUUGGAAUUGUUAGAACCGGAAUGUGCAGCUGAACGUGAAAUUAUUGCUCGACGACGUGUACUAGAAGAACAAGAAGCAGCCUAUGAAGAAUCGUUACGACGUGAUCAAGAAAAGGAAUGGGAACGUGCCAAAGCCAAAGCGGAAGAAGAUAAACGUAAACAACUUGAAGAAGAAAAACGUAUAAAUGAUGAAAUAAAAGCUACACAACAUCGAUUAUUUAUGGCUGCUAGUUUACCACCGGAACCACCUACACCAAAAACACCAGCAGCUGAAGCAUUUUUAUCUACACCAAAUGGUGUUGACGGUAUUACAACGUUGCGUUUUCGUUUACCUCCUCAGUGUUCUAAUGAUCCGAAUGUAAAGCAUAGUACAAUGAUUCGACGUUUCGCUGGUUCAGAUAUUUUAAAACAUGUAUUUAUGUUUAUGGAAUCGAAAGGUUAUUCCAAAUCAGAUUAUAAACUCUUCACUACAUAUCCAAUCCGAGAUUUAACUUUAAUGGAUGAAAAUAUGACUUUAGCUAAUUUAGAUCUUGUUCCACAAGAAACACUUACUUUGGAAUUACGUUAAAAAAAAACAACAACAACAGGAAAUAUCAAAUAAUCGAAUCCACACACACACACCCUUCGCCAUUUUGUUUGUUUGUUUGUUUGUUUAUUCAGAAUAUUCAUUAAACAUAUACAUAUAUGAUGUAUGAUGUAAUUGUGUAUGGUACAGUUAGUGCUGCAAACACUGUGUACUUGUUUUUGGGUUUAUUAUUCUUAUUAUUAUGAUGAUGAUUUUGUUACACAGUCCAUUCUGUACAUUUACUUAUACAUACAUACAUACAUACAUACACACACACACAAAAGUGUGUAAUUGAUGAAUCCACUUUUAUUUUUCCUUUCAUAUUUAUUAAGUUUUCUUAUAUUAUUUAAUAGUGUGUUUUAUUUGUCCCAUUUAUCAUUCAAAUCCCCAAUAUACACACACACACACACGUUUAUACACAACCAUAAUUUCAUCAGCAUAGUUUUAUUAUUUACCUCUUCCUUAUUUUGUCUCUUUUCUUUUCUUCUUUUUCUUCUUUCAAUCUGUUCAUUGUGAAAUUUCUAGGCCAUAAAUUGAAAUUCUACACAUGGACCAUUAAAAAUUCAUCUACACCUUUUUUCUUCUUCUUCUUCUUCUUUUUCUUCUUCUUCUUGUUCUUGUUCUUUUUCUUCUUCUAUUCAAUGAUGUGUGUACAUUUUGAAUAACUUGGUUUUCUCUUUGUUCAUUUUGUGUUUGUGUUUGUCGUUGUCUCUCUCUCUCCCUCUCUUUGUGUGUGCGUGUGUUUGUUUGUUUGUGUUAAAUGUUUUUCUUUGUUAAAAUGCAUCGUUUAUUAUUCAGAUUUAUUUAUUUAUAUUAAUUUGUAGAUUGUAUACUAUGGAAAUGGUUGGUUGUUUAUUCUUUUAAUUCAUUUCCCUAAGUAACUAUUAAAGAUCAUUUCAACUAUGUUAAUGAUUAAUUCUAUGCACAUUCAUUCGUUAAAGGGAGAAAUAUCACAUUCUGUUGUUUAGAGGAAAUAUAGAUGCAGAAAAUAAAAUUAUAUCAUUGUGUUCUUAUUCUUUUUCUUCUUCUUCUUUAGUCUGUUUCUCUCUAUUAUUUUCCUUUUUGAAAGUUUCUUUUAUGUGUUUCAUCAUAAUAUGAUAUGGAUGGAUUAGAUUACUUGUCUGAU